UUUUCAUUUACGUUCACUAUAUAUGGAGACAGAAAAGAUAAACGAAAUCGACGAGGUUGAAGAGAAAAAAAGAAAAAGAGAUAGCAAAAUGGAAUGGAAGAAGUGGUACUUAGACGUGAUUCUUGUGCCAUUAGCUCUUGUGAUGAUGCUUUGUUACCACAUCUACUUAUCCUUCAUGGUUCGGACCCAGCCCUUCUCCACCGUCCUCGGCAUUAACUCUCGCGGCCGCCGACUCUGGAUUUCCGCUAUGAUCAAGGAGAAUCAGAAGAUGAACAUUUUAACGGUACAAACACUCCGUAACAUAGUAAUGGGAGCUACACUGAUGGCUACGACCUGCAUCCUCCUCUGUGCCGGUUUAGCCGCAGUCAUAAGCAGCACUUACAGCAUCAAGAAGCCCCUAAACGACGCCGUUUAUGGUGCUCAUGGAGAUAUCGCCAUAGCCGUCAAGUACCUAACGAUUCUCACAAUCUUCAUCUUUUCUUUCUUCUCUCAUUCUCUCUCUAUCCGCUUCCUUAACCAAGUCGCCAUGCUCGUUAACAUCCCUAACUUACACCCUAAUCCUUCUGGUGACUUGUUCCUCACGUCUGAGUACGUCAGCGAGUUGUUUGACAAGGGUUUCUUUCUCAGCACGGUAGGCAACAGGUUGUUCUACGCAGGGUUUUCUCUGAUGUUAUGGAUCUUUGGUCCCAUCCUCGUGUUCUUGAGCGUUUUGGUGAUGAUGCUUACUCUUUAUCACGUGGAUUUUGUGUCACUCGGCAACAAUAAAGAGAAACAACGUAUAGUGGAUUGUCCACGCGCCUCUGAGACUCCAAACGGUGGUGGUGAUGAUGCAUAAUACAAUUCCAUAUGUGAAAUUUUGGAAAACAAUAUGAAAAUGAUAAUAUACACAUUUUUCAAAUGUGAAAAUGGUAUAUCUAUCAUCGCCUAAAUAGUUAAACAUGGUGAUUUUAAGUAUCACUACUUAUUUUGUUAUUCAUAAUGCAUGUCAUUACAAGAACUGAGCUCGAGUUUUAUUAUUUACUAUAGUGAAUCAGUA